UUACUACCAGUAUAUAUGACGUGUAGACUCUUUAAUUCUGUAGAUUAUGAAGCUGCCACAUUCCGCCAGUAUCAGAGGUUAACUAAGGAAAUGAAGCCGGAUAUGAAUAACUACAACCAGCAAAAAGAGAAAAUAGGUGAAUAUUUUUAUGCCACACGCGAUACUCUGGACAUGAACCAGUGGAAGGAUAAACCCGAGUUUGUUGAUAGGAUGGUGGAAGACCUGGAGAAACAAGUCAAGAAGAGAGAGAAAUACAGUCGUCGUAGAACUUUCGAUGAAGAUGCUGAUAUUGACUACAUCAACGAACGUAAUAUGAAAUUCAACAAGAAACUGGAACGCUUUUAUGGAACUUACACGGCAGAAAUUAAACAGAACUUGGAGAGAGGAACAGCGGUGUAGAUAUCGCUAUAAACAUCCAGAUGCGUGCUGCAUCUGUGUCCAAAUUGAUUUGAAUGAGUCUCCUUUUUGCGGAUUUCAGGCUGAAUAUUCAUUUCUAUUUGAUAGACAAGGAGGAAGUUAAAUCAUACAUUGUUUAAGCCAUUAUUGAUCAGAGAUAAAAGUCGGAGGUGAUUUUGAAGUUAAUGUAAAUGUGAUAGGCAUGUUCAUUGCAGGUGGAGUUUGUUUUGGAAUUUCCAGUGUGUCAUUAUAUACUGUUUAGGAACAUGUAUUAUCAUUCGAUGUUCGAUUAUGUCUAUGGAAUUCAAAAAUGCAUACAUACAUGUACAUGACUAAAUAGAAAUGUACAUACACUGUAUAAAUAUACAUGUACAUGUACCUGUUUGUGUUUACUUCAAAAUGUAAAUAAUAUUUUGGAAUUUGAGGUUCUGUAUUAUAGAUCAAUGAAUCCAUACAUGCUCACUUGUUUUUAUUUCUUAAAUGAAAUAAUUUUUAUUUAUAUAAUAUUGUAUCUAUCCAUUGAUUUUUUAAAAUUAUAACAAUAUACUGCACCUUUAAUUCUUUGGGGGAAGCAUGUGUCUGUUAUGGAUAGAUUUGCUAAGUAUUUUUGUUUCCAUAUUAUGGUAAGUCUAAAGACUACUUCGUCAUAGUCUUAUGGUGUGAUGAUUUACAAAUCAUUUUCAAAAAAGAUGCAGCAUUGUAUUUUAUUUGGCAAAUUUAGAAUUGAGUUGUAAUACAUCUAGAAUGUGUAUUGAGUUGGUUUUUUUUUUUUUUUUUUUUUUUUUUU